AUGGCUUCUUUAACCAAAGCCGUCAGAAGUUUGUUGGGCAACCGCCGCAGUGAACGCUCUAUUCUAAAACUAUCCCUUAAGCUCUACAUGACUGUCAGUUAUUCGUGUGAUAUCGGGAAGUUACUUAAUGACGCCAUCAACGAUAUGAUUGUAAAUGAAUUGGACCUUGCCAUCAUUGAUGAUAACGAGCCUGAACAUUGGAGACAUAAGUAUAUGCGAGAGCAGGCUCGGAAAGUGGAUCGGCAACUGCAGCAUUUAAGCAUAAACAAUUGUGACGCUGGGGACCGUUCGGUAUGGCAAACAAAUGCACCAGAUUCACAAUUGAGAGUUUUGGAAAUCAGCCAUAACCUCUUCCUGAGAGUCGAGGUCCUCUGCCUUCCAAAACUAGAGCGGCUCUUUUGGAAUGGCUGGCGUUAUGAGGCCCCUUUGCUUCUUGGUUCCGUUCCAGCUCUUGAGGAAUUGUGCCUCAUACAUGCUUUACCACAUGAUUUCAGUUUAAGCGAGGUUUUCCGUGGCACUCCCAACUUGCAUACUCUGACCUUAAACUUCCAAGGAGAAAGGCUUUGGAUACAACCAGAGGGGAAACAACUCUGCUCUGCAUUCAACAAGCUAAGGAAGCUAUCCAUUAAUGGCAUCUACGUCGAAUUUGACCUGCUAUGGACAAUAAAUCUCCUUGAAGCUGCUCCAACUGUUGAGAUAUUUGAUGUCGAGAUGUUCGAACAUCCAUGUGUAGAGGCUAUGGAUGGAGUAAUUUUAUAUCAUCCUGCUCAAAAAGUGAAACCUUCAUGGGAGAUCCCUAAAUUCAAGAGCUAUAAUAAAUGGCAGCUGAAAGAACUUCAGUUUGUUGGCUUUAGGCCUGGUCUCGAUCACCAUUUCUCAUUUAUAAGUGCCGUGAUGGAUCGAGCUCUGAACUUGAAGACGGUUCUUCUCAUUGAUGAUCAAUUGCCGUGUGCGCAGUGCGAUGCAAUGGCCGUGCUGCCUCCUCCGAUAGGAGGCACCUUUCCAAGGGACAAGGACGAGCGACUAACAAUAGUCAAGCAACUUAAAGACAUGGCCUGCUCCUCAGCACAGAUUGAGAGGACAAUCACCAGUCAACAACCCGCAUUAAUACAUGGCCUCGCUCUCACUCCCAGGCUCACUAUCUAUACAGAGAGUGAGCCGGCUGGCCAGUGCUGGAGCACCGGUCUAUCGAUCUCUGCCGACACCCGAUGAGAUGAGAUGACGAGGCGCU